AUGAGUGACAAAACGAGUGAGAAGAUGAAGACUGAUUCUCCUCCUUUUGUACACGAGGACUUGAUAAUAGAAAUUCUGCUGAAGCUACCCACGAAAUCUGUGUUACGUCUCAAAUACUUAUCCAAGUCAUGGUUCUCUGUAAUCUCCGAUCCCCAAUUUGCAAGAAGACAUUUUGACGCUGCAGUUGCACCCACCUACAAGCUUUUGAAUCUAGUUAAUGGUUCCGUUGAAGCGUAUUGUGUAGACAUAGAAUCAGUAUUUUGUGAAGAUUCAUGGCAUGCAGUGUCAGUGUCCGGUUUUAAUAUUCCUUCAAGUUUAUGCGUGGUAGGUUCUUGUAGGGGAUUUCUUCUCUUAGAAUGGGAAUGUCUCCUCUUAACAUGUUUGCGAUAUUAUUAUGAUUUUGAUUUUGUGUUGUGGAAUCCAUCAACUGGUAUGCAUAAAGAAAUUCACCGUGGCGCUUGUCCUACACAUGAUGUAUCUGGAAUGGGAUAUGACCCAGUGGAUGAUGACAUUGUGCUGGUCACUGUAACCUUAAGAAAGAACAAUAAUGGGAUGAUUCGUUAUUUCUGUUUGAGAACGAACUGUUGGACUUGUGUUGAGUGUGCUCUUCCGUAUUCCACAUGUAAGCUUAAGACGAAACAUGGACAAUUCUGGAAUGGAGCUAUCUACUGGAUUCUUAAGUGUGCUGAUGGGCUUAGACAUGUCGUUAUUGCAUUUGAUGUGAGGGAAAAAAGAUUAUCGGAGAUUCCAUUGCCGGAAUAUUUAGCCAUCCUUCCGGUAGGAUCCGACGUGUACUUUUUGAAGGUAGUGGAACAUUUUCCUUUGUGCUUGGUGGUGCAUAAGCAUGCUUCACCGUUUGAAAUAUGGUCGAUGAAAAAUUACAAAGAAGAGACAGUUUGGACCAAAACAUUUGUUUUUCUCUCCGAUUUUACAUUUUUUCUGAAUCGCAUUUUCCCCGUAUGCUUCACAGAAAAGGAGGAAAUUUUGGCAUUCUUUCACAAAAACAAGUUAGUGAAAAUCAAUAAGAAAGGUGAGAUUACAUUUGGGAAGCAACAUAGCAUCCAUUUUUAUCUCCUACAUUGUGGUAUAUAUAGAGAGAGUUUUAUACCCAUCCCUGGCGGUGAAUGUGAAGAUUGA